AAACUAUGUAUUUAAAAGUACGGCUGCGUCCAUCGUCCACAGGUCUUGACCUGAGAGCAGCCGAUCGGCCUGGUCCAGCUACGGACCCAAGAACCGGGCGACGACUAAGCGGAGUGUAGCGAGUAGGACAGCGACUUUUACUGACACUCGCCAAAACCAAUGAGAGCUCGCAAGUGAAGGAGUUUAUCCAAUGAGAAGCGAGGAGGGCGGGAUUGGGGAAUCAAACUUGGUUGAAUGGCGAGCGCUGAGACCACCGACGGUGGAGGAGGCGAUGCCCUAUCGAUCCGGGGCGGGCUUCAGGAGUGGGCCGGCCGGCACAUCGCGCUGUAGACUCAGGUUUUGGAUCACUGUCGCUGACUGUCUUUCCCUUUUUGGCUGCAGAAGGAGUCACCGUUAAAGGUGUGAUCGCACAUGGAUAAACAUCAUGGAUAAACAGCUCGCCAGGCGGCCGGCUCUGCGGCCGUGAUCAGGACCCCCCCGGUCUGUAGCGGGAUCCGGCAACGCGAAGCGCCGUCUUCUCCCGGUGGCAGUAAGGUCUCCUUAGCCGGGCAUCGCCCCCGCCCCCGCCCCCGGAGCUGCGGGGGCGCGCAGGUGCGCGGAGGCGCGUCCCCGGUGCUCCGUGAGGCCGGUACCUUGGUCUCGGACCCGCCGCACCUCCGCGGACACGAAGCGCCGGGGAGGCUGAUCAAAAACCACGGCGGACUGAAUCAGAAGGACCGCCGGCGAUCGGGGAGAAACCCGCCCGUGUCCGUUUUUAUGUAUUAAUGGCGCUUUUCUGGCUGCAGUGUAAUUAAUGUCGCUUAUUCCCUGGUUUCGCGUAAGAUGAGUAAAUGUAACAAGUAAGGUGAUUCAAUGUAACAAUGUUGUUUCAUUAAGUUGCUUUUACGGAAACAUUUAAUUGACACGUGUAAUACAUUCUAGGAUGUCGUUAUUCUAGGAAAUAAUGGACUGUAUGCAAAUUCCUGACCAAGCCCAGGAAUUGAUAUUAUCUGACUGAUACUUUUGUGAGAGGAUGGUAAACACACGCUGGUAAAGCGAUGGGAAGUUGUCGGGAGCUGAUCUCACGCCUGCGCUCAUAUUUAGUUUAAUCGCUGUUAUUUGGUACAUUUUAAUUGCAUAUCAUGUCUCGGUCGAACAGCGUAAGCCCCCCCGCCGUGGCCCCCCCCGGGCCCCGAGAAGGCACAGAACACAGGUCAGCUUGGGCUGAGUCUGAGUCCAUGGUCAAUGGGUGCCCUUACCCAAGCCGGACUCUGAGUCGUAAGCUGGGCCGGGCCAGCAGCAGAUGGAGGGAUGUGGAUGAGCUGGAGCGGGACCCUGGCCGUCCCGCGACCACCGUGAGCCGAGUCAGCUUCAGGUCUAAGUCGGCGUGGCAGGAGCACGGGGAGGAGGGCCAGAACAAUAACAGGUCCUCCCCGAAGCUUGUGGAUGGGGAGGUGAGGCCACGCUCCGUGGAGCUGGGUUUGGAAGACCGGAGAGCCAAGGGGAAAGGUGACGAGGAGCUGGUGCCUGAGGUCUACUUCUCCAUGGUGUCCUGCUGCAGCAACGUCAUGCAGGUCUUCAGGUCCAAGAAGUUCCAGUCGGAGAAGCUGGAGAGACUUUACCAGCGCUACUUUUUCCGGCUCAAUCAGAGCAGCCUGACGAUGCUCAUGGCCGUUCUGGUGCUGGUGUGUGCGGUAAUGCUGGGCUUUCACUGCGCUGGAAAAGCGUCCCGCGUGCCUUAUGUGGUGGUCUUCUCACUGACUAUCCUCCUCAUCCUCCUGCUCAUGGUAUUAUGUAACAGGAAUGGGUUCCACCAGGACCACAUGUGGAUCGUCUGCUAUCUCGUCAUCUUGGUGGUAUUAGUGGUUCAAGUGGUCGGGGUCUUGCUGGUGGAGCCACGCAGUGCCUCGGAGGGGAUAUGGUGGACCGUGUUCUUCAUCCACACCAUUUACACGCUGCUGCCGGUGAGAAUGAGAGCCGCCGUCAUCACUGGGGUGCUGCUCUCAGCCGUGCACGUGGCUGUCUCAUGGAAGCUCAACGAGACCGACGUCUUCUUAUGGAAACAGUUGGUCUCCAACGUGCUGAUAUUCUCCUGCACCAACAUCGUGGGCGUCUGCACGCACUACCCAGCCGAGGGCUCCCAGCGGCAGGCCUUCCAGGAGACCCGGGAGUGCAUCCAGGCCCGGCUGCACUCACAGAGGGAGAACCAGCAGCAGGAACGGCUCCUGCUUUCUGUGCUUCCCCGCCAUGUUGCUAUGGAGAUGAAAGCCGACAUUAACGCCAAGCAGGAAGAUAUGAUGUUUCACAAGAUUUACAUCCAGAAGCAUGACAACGUGAGCAUCCUCUUCGCUGACAUCGAGGGCUUCACCAGCCUGGCCUCGCAGUGCACUGCCCAGGAGCUCGUCAUGACGCUGAACGAGCUGUUCGCCCGCUUCGACAAGCUGGCCGCGGAGAACCACUGUCUACGUAUUAAGAUCCUGGGCGACUGUUACUACUGCGUAUCAGGCCUUCCAGAGGCGCGAGCGGAUCAUGCCCAUUGCUGCGUGGAGAUGGGCGUCGACAUGAUCGAGGCCAUAUCGUUGGUGCGGGAAGUGACUGGUGUCAACGUCAACAUGCGCGUGGGCAUCCACAGUGGCCGUGUGCACUGCGGGGUGCUGGGCCUGCGCAAGUGGCAGUUUGAUGUUUGGUCCAAUGAUGUCACGCUGGCCAAUCACAUGGAGGCGGGCGGCAAGGCCGGGCGCAUCCACAUCACCAAAGCUACACUGAACUACCUAAACGGCGACUACGACGUAGAGCCGGGCCGUGGCGGCGAGAGGAAUGUCUACCUGAAGAAACACAACAUCGAGACCUACCUCAUCGUGGGCUGCAGCCAGAAGCGGAAAGAGGAGAAGGCCAUGAUCGCCAAGAUGAACCGGCAACGCACCAACUCAGUCACACACAACACCUCACACUGGUGUUCUGACCGCCCAUUCUACAACCACCUGGCCGGCAACCAGGUCUCCAAGGAGAUGAAGAGGAUGGGCUUUGAGGACCCCAAGGACAAGCAUUUCAUUUUCAGAAACACCCAGGAGAACCUGAACCCUGAGGAUGAGGUAGACGAGUUCCUGGGCCGGGCCAUUGACGCCAGGAGCAUCGACCGGCUGCGCUCAGAACACGUCAAGAAGUUCCUCCUGACCUUCCGAGAGCCCGACCUGGAGAAGAAGUACUCCAAGCAAGUGGACUCCAAAUUCGGGGCGUAUGUGGCCUGCGCCUCCCUCGUGUUCCUAUUCAUCUGCUUCAUCCAGGUUGUCGUGGUACCACGCUCCACACUGAUGAUCGGCUUCUACGUCGCCUGUCUCUUUCUCCUGCUGGCUGUCAUGUUUGUCUCGACCAUCUACACCUGCUACUGGAUGGACCCAGAUCUGGUUGAACUGCUUCUAGGUCAGAGACACGCUCCUUUGUUUUUCCCAGUGUCUCUGCAAAACCUCUCCAAGAAGAUUGUCCAGUCCCGGAUGAACAGCACCCUGGUGGGGAUCUUCACCAUCAUCCUGGUCUUUCUUUCUGCCUUCAUCAACAUUUUCACCUGCAGCACCAGCGAUUUGCCCAGCUGCCUAGCGCAGGAGUUCAACAUCAGCCGCAGCCAUGUGAAUGCCUGCCAUGUGCAUCACUCCGCCCUCAACUACACCCUGUACACCCUCAAAGGCAUCUGUGGGGACCCAGCACCCAGCUGCAGCUUCCCAGAGUAUUUCUCCUCCUGUGUGCUCCUUAGCCUGCUGGCCUGCUCGGUCUUCCUGCAGAUCAGCAGCAUCGGGAAGCUGCUCCUCAUGCUCUUCAUCGAGCUUGUUUACGUGCUGGUGCUGGAGCUCCCUGCCGUCAGCCUCUUCGACAACGUGGACCUGAUGGUGAUGGCCAACGCUAUAGAACGUGUUAAUGGGACUUGCAACCCGCCGUACUCUAAGGUUCCCCUGAAGAUCGUGACCCCGGUGGUCAUCACCGUCUUUGUGCUGGCACUCUACCUGCAUGCCCAGCAGGUAGAGUCCACCGCCAGGCUCGACUUCCUGUGGAAGCUGCAGGCCACCGAGGAGAAGGAAGAGAUGGAGGAGCUUCAGGCAUAUAACCGCCGGCUCCUCCACAACAUCCUGCCCAAGGACGUGGCCGCCCACUUCCUGGCCCGUGAGCGCCGCAACGACGAGCUCUACUACCAGUCGUGCGAGUGCGUGGCCGUCAUGUUCGCCUCCAUCAGCAACUUCUCUGAGUUCUACGUGGAGCUGGAGGCCAACAACGAGGGCGUGGAGUGUUUGCGGCUCCUCAACGAGAUCAUCGCCGACUUCGACGAGAUUAUCAGCGAGGACCAGUUCCGGCAGCUGGAGAAGAUAAAGACUAUCGGCAGCACGUAUAUGGCCGCAUCGGGCCUGAAUGCCUCCACCUACGACAAGGCGGGCCGCUCACACAUCCGUGCCCUGGCCGACUACGCCAUGCGUCUCAUGGACCAAAUGAAGUACAUCAAUGAGCACUCCUUCAACAACUUCAAGAUGAAGAUUGGUCUCAACAUCGGCCCGGUGGUGGCCGGGGUCAUCGGUGCCCGGAAGCCACAGUAUGACAUCUGGGGCAACACGGUAAACGUGGCCAGCCGCAUGGACAGCACCGGAGUCCCCGAGAGAAUCCAGGUGACCACAGACCUGUACCAGGUGCUUAGUUCCUACAGCUACCUGCUGGAGUGCCGGGGUGUGGUGAAGGUUAAGGGCAAGGGUGAAAUGAUGACCUACUUCCUCAACGGGGGACCUGCCGGCACCUAACCGAGGCCCCCGGCCGGCUAGGCAGCAGGCAGGUGCCAGGGGUGGCAGCGAAUGGGGAGGAAGCAGGUCUCUGCAGCAUUGGGACGGGGGGGCUGCCUCAGGCACACCCCUAAGGACAAAAAGCCACACCCACUUGCAGGGACGCACCCCGGGACCAGGAUAUGAAAGCCCCCCCCAGGCAGGGUCUGGUGGGAGGGGCCCCUGUGCCACCCGGCAUCUGAAGAGACCAAAGAAAUUGCACAGACUUGGCAGACAGACGCACCUCAGGCAUGAUGUGCAAACCAGGAAAUGUGCCACCUGGAGGAUGAACAGAAAUAGUGCAGCAGAGAGCAAAGACAGCACCUCAUGCUGGAGCUCCCUGCUCACCCUCCAUAACAAGGCCUGAUGUGGAUAACCUGGGGAUCGAGUGCAUAAAAGGACUGCAUCAUGCACGACUACGACACCCGGAUGCACACGCACGCAUGUGUGAAACUGUCAUGUAACGCGUGUGUCUGGAGUCACUGGAGACAGUUGAAGAUAGUUGCAGAGAUGGUGGGGAAGGCUUCUUUUUGUAUUUUGACUCAAAAAUAAAUCUAGCAUAUAUUUGAGAAUCUAUAUUUUGUACAUUAUUAUAUUAGAGAGAGUAUAUAUAAGCCCAUUUGUGUAUUUUGGUGUGUAUAUCCAUCAGAAGUAUAUAGCAGCCAUGCUUUUAUUUUUUUGCAGCGUGGGAAAGGGGUUGGAGGGGAGGAUGAGCUGGAUCACAUCACAUGGAGGGCGGGGGUGGGGGGCAUGUGCCUUAAAGGGGGAACAGGCAGCCGAAUGCUGGUCUGAAGAAAGUAGGGGGGCUGGUGUCCAGCAGGGGUUACUGCUGAGGCCCCUUUCAGUUACAAUGUAACAGGGUGAUGCCACUAUUUUGGAGUUCAGUCAUUUGAUCAAUAGAUAAAAUCAGGCAAGCACUGUAGUUUGUGGUAGCGUAAUAAGUAAUGCUGUACAAUAGAGAAACACUGUAUGUAGGUAAGAAUGGGUACCUAUGGUCAGAGGAAUGGGUUCGAAUGUCAGUAUAUAUGUACCGCUCCACCUCUAGCCUGAGCGCAACUCAUUCUUUCCUCAUUCACCCUUCAUUCCCUCCUCAUUCCCUCCUCGUUCCCCCCACAAUCCCUCCUCAUUUCCCGCUUAUUCCCUCUUCAUUCACCCUUCAUUCCCUCCUCGUUCCCCCCACAAUCCCUCCUCAUUUCCCGCUUAUUCCCUCUUCAUUCACCCUUCAUUCCCUCCUCGUUCCCCCCACGAUCCCUCCUCAUUUCCCGCUUAUUCCCUCUUCAUUCACCCUUCAUUCCUUCCUCGUUCCUCCCACAAUCUCUCCCCAUUCCCUCCUCAUUUCCCCCUCAUUCCUUUACUCUUACCCCUUCCCCAGCAUUGGGACUGUAGGGUCAGGCUGACCUUGAGCUCCCCGCUGCCACUGGUCCCUCCCCUCCCAGCCUGUCCCCUCCCAUCCCCUUUUGGCCUGUCCCAUUUCUUCAGACCAGAGCCUGCCAUGAUUCUGUGGUGUGCAGCAUGACUGAAGCCCCACCUUUAUGCCUCUUUAGGGAACAUCUUGUCUCGCUCGUCCUGUGUUUGAAUUUCUGCUUUGGGUCGAGGUCGCCCAUCCCAAUGAGACACAUAAUCAGUAUUACAUCUACCAAUGACCUUUUGUUUUGAUGCCAUUUUAACUCCUGCUAACAAACAGCUAUGCAGUACAGCUCGUUCCCUCCCGAAAACAUCAAUGAUCUAAAGCUUCGACUUAUUAAUUAAUGUCAUUUGUUUAUUAACAGUCACCUGUGUGUGGUCGGGGGGAUUGCUGUUCACCAAGAUGAAGGAUUGCUCUGACGCUGGCUGGUUAAUCAGUUCGCUGCUGUUUGCUUAUCAGCUGAAGAUAAAUCUGUGUGGUUUCAGUAUUUCCCAUGCAGACACGGUGUCAUUGCCCCCCUGCCGUGACCCCGCUGUACUUUCUGGACGCCAGUUUGGUGUACUCAUGAUUAAUGUAUAUUUUUGUUUCUCCGAAUCAGUUUUGUCACACUUGUGUAUCCAUGGAAACGAGCCCUCCAGCCCAAGGCCACUGCCCCGCAUCAGUACCAGCAGCUUCUCUUACAUUAAGCAGCCAGGGGGAGCCACACUACUGGCACUAGGCGAGCUUGCUUUCUGAUAGGUGGCUCGCUGCACUGGUGAAGCUUAGAGAACUCAUGGGGGUGCAGGAGAGUCCGUGAACGGCAGCCGCAGAAACCAUCCGUGACUCUUGUUUUGUUAGCACUGCAUAUCUAACAUGUCAAAACUAUGCUGAUUUUAAAAUUUUUGUUUUAUUAUUUUUUACACCCCAAUAAACUUGUUAUACAUUCA